UGCGCGCGUUGCCGCCGAAAGUGGGGGAACGGCGGCGGCGGCGGCGGCGGCGGCAGCGGGGAGGAGGGGAGCGCGCGCUCCCGCGGACUGUAAGCCUUGUUCGGGCACAACGCUGGCUCCGCUAAAAGCAAGUCAGUGUUGGCGGAAGAAGCGGAGGCGGUGGCCGAGGAGGAGGGAGCCGAGCGGAGCCAGUCGGGCGCCAUGGAGGAGCUGAGCAGCGUGGGAGAACAAGUCUUCGCCGCCGAGUGCAUCCUCAGCAAGCGGCUUCGCAAGGGCAAGCUGGAGUAUUUGGUGAAGUGGAGAGGCUGGUCUUCCAAGCACAACAGCUGGGAACCUGAAGAGAAUAUUCUUGAUCCAAGACUCCUCUUGGCCUUCCAGAAGAAGGAACAUGAGAAAGAGGUACAAAAUCGGAAAAGAGGCAAACGACCCAGAGGCAGACCAAGAAAAAAUGUUGAACCUGAAGCUCCCUCCAAGAGCAAAUCCAGCAGCUCUUCCUCCUCCACCUCCUCUUCAACUUCUUCUUCUGAGGAGGAGGAUGAAAGUGACCUUGAGACAAAGAGAAGUCAGCGGAACAGGGAGAGUCACCCAGUGCCUCAAAAGAAAGCUCAGAUUUUAGUUGCCAAACCUGAAAACAAGGACUCUGCUAGGAAGAAACGUGGGCGGAAGCCACUGCCUCCAGAGCAGAAGGCAGCCAAGAGGACAGUCAACCUAACCAAGGUGCUUAAAUCAAAUAGAAAGGAAAUGGGAGGGGGAGGGGGGUCCAAACUGGCAAGCAAGAUGCAGCCACAACAUAAUGCUCAAAGUUCUGGCAUUGCCAUGCUUAAAUCCCACAUGAAGGAAGCGCAAGGUGCCUUCAGCGGCUUUUGUUCUGGAGCAUCCUCCAAUGAUAACCUCUCCAGCCUAGUGAAGAAUACUACCGUUGGAAGCCCAAAUUGUGGUAUCAGCUGGCAAAGCUCGAUUGUCCAUUAUAUGAGUAGGAUGUCACAGAAUCAGAGCUCCGCAGAUGCCUCUGCAGUGGGACGACUGACUCUGAAGUCAGCUAUGUCCUGCAAGAACAGCCUAGGUUUGGAUUUAAAACUAAAAAACCAGAAAGGUUCUGGAAACCUGGAAUUGACUGUGCAAGGAUCCAAAGUGACCAAGAGACCGAGUAGCAAUUCCUUGGGGGAACAAAAGGCAGGGAACUUGCACAAUGGCAACAAAGUUCCUUCUGGCUCUCCUAGCAGCCAGCCAUCUUGCAACCAAGAGCUCAACCUACAAGCUUUAAAUCUGCAAAGUGUGAAGAAUGGGCCAAACUCAGCCAGCAGUAGCCAUAUCUCUCACCAUGGCUGCGGGGCAAAGGCAGUUGGCAAAGGCAGUGGCAACAGUUUAGCAACAAAGACAAGCGCAUCCAAGGGCAGCGGACCUGGGAGUGGCCAGAACAUCGCCAACACAGGGGCCACAUCAACAGAUGCAGAUCCUUGCAAAGGUGAAAAGCCGGCACAAAGAGCAUCAAUUAGUGAGAGAGAUGUAGCUACCAAGAGUAAUACCACCUGUGCCCAGGAGGGAUGUCCCACAAAAGACAAGAUUUCAGGCAUGUCAGAAGGGAGCACCGGAGAAGAGGAGACUAGCUCUGAUUCUGACAGAGAUUCUGCUUCUUUUCCUGGAGCAGACCAGAAUACGUCUGUUUCCAUCCAGACUAGCCAAGACUGGAAACCUACCAGGAAUCUUAUUGAACAUGUUUUUGUCACAGAUGUGACAGCUAAUUUGAUCACAGUAACUGUUAAGGAGUCUCCAACAAGUGUGGGUUUUUUUAACCUAAGACAUUAUUGAGAUCCAAGGCAGAUGAGCAUUCUUCCUCCGUCUCAUUUGACUCUCCCUUUACUGUCCCUUUGGAUAUUAGAAGGAGAAACAAACCACAGUAGUUAGAACCAGAGAAAUAAGUUUAGGGGCUCUUUUCCAAGACUUUUGGCUUUACUUAUGUUACUCACCAAUACAGAGGAGUGUAUUGAAAACUACAUGCUUUUCUGUACUUGAACACUUUAGCUAUAUGAUUUGAAAGACCAGAGGAUUUUAACAUUCAAGAGAAUAAAUAUAUACAUAUACAUAUUCAUUCUCCUGAAUAGGUUCUCUUAAGUUUCAACACUUCUCAGCUCCUAGAACAAAUUAUGUUAGUUUAAAAAUUUGUGAACAAUCUAUGUUUAGGAUACCUGCCAAGCACCAUAUAAAAAGUUUGUCUUAAGGGAAUGUAUGUAAGACAUACUUCCAACUUGCCUUGGAAACUAGAGGGUAUAAUAUAUGAGACAGCAUUGGUUUGGAGCUGGGACUAACAGCUAUCAAGUAACUUUGGUUCAGGUUGAGCAUUAAUCUCUAGGAGCUUCAGAAGUAGCAAUUAACUUGUUUGAACUAGUAUCUCAAAAACUUGCGAAGAAAGUAUGCUUUUCAUUCUGCCAAAUAUAUCAACAGAUAUAGGAAAUCAGCCUUGGAGAACUGCAGAACAAUGUUCUCAAGAACUUGAAAAGACAAUAUGUUUUUCAAUUUGCCAAAUGUCAGCCGAUGCCACUCAGAUGAGAAUGCUGCCUCAUUUUUAACAUCUGGGUGUACAUGAGUGUACGCACACAUAUGAAAUUCAGGAGAUUUUUACACAUUGAAAAAUUCUAUAUGGAAACCUGUUCCAUGUAAAAUGUGACAUGUGUAAAUCAUUGCUUAAAUAAGCCAUGUGUUCUGAGAAAUUGCUAUAUGCUUAUGUGGUUGAGGCCACUUGUGGGUUCCCAACGUGUUCAUGCACACAUGCACACAUAUACACAUUUUAAUGCUGUUGCUUACGCAGAAGAAACGGGAAGGAAGCAAAAUUAGAGAUUUUGCUGAUGUUCAGAUUUUAUAAGCAUAAGAUGCCUUAUAAUGUGAGAUGAAAUACUGUUGAUGUGUGCUGUUCAAAUUGACUUGAGAAUCUUUGGAACUAGAAAACAGGUUUUUGAGAUUUCUAUGCAAUUGAUAUCUUUCCGUAGUCCUCAACUCUCUUGAGUUUGGAAGUUUGCUUGCAGACGUUUUGUUACCAAACUAGGUAACAUCAUCAGUGCUACUGAGUGUGGUGUUAGCUAUCUGAGUGUGGGGUCACACACCCCAUCAAUACUGUCAGGGCAUAUUGCUGUACUGUUAUAAAAACAUGGAACAAACAUCAGAGUCACUUGCAUUGAUGAUGUUACGUAGUCAGAGAAUGAAACAUCUGCAAGCAAACAACCAAGCUCAGAGAAGUCUAGGAGUCCACAAUUUAACCCUAAGGUACAAAUAUUCUCUUCUGUUGGUGAUACCUUUCUACUUAUUCUUACCUGCAAUAAGUACAAAAAAAUUAUGGCAGUUGGCAAGAUAACAUUGUGAUACGAACUGCCAUUUACUUUUAUUUGAUCUCUACAUAUGUUCUGUAUCUCCCAAUUAAAUUCUGCUACAGGGCAUUACUACAGAGCAGAAUUAAUUGAAACUUCUCUUUGCUUUAUUCUUCCAUCAAGGGAUGGCUUUAACAUUACCUUGACCAGGAAGGUAAUGUAUGAAACCAGAGAGGAUAGACUUGAGUGAAAACGUCCUUGAAGCUAUGUUUAUUUUAGGCUACCUGCUUUCUGAAGUCAAGUGACGAUUCGGUUUAGGUUUCUAUUAUUUCUCUCAGAACAGGUGUUUCCUGUUGGUCAAGAGCCAUGAUCUAAGUUUGGGCAGCGCUGAGCUCGGUCAAGUCAACUGACAGUCAAGCUCUAUCAGAAUUUGACUGUGUUCUAAUAGUGUGCUUCUAAGUCCCCAUAGUCCUAGCAAAUUCAGUAAAAAGAAACAGAAACAGGGAAUGUUAAAUUGAUUAGGAAUUUUAUUGAAAUGGGUAUUUUUGCAGCUUUCAAAGUCAUAAAGUACAUGAUGUUGGACCACUGUUUUAUCAGACCCCAUUCCAAGGUAAAGGAAUGCAAAGGUUUUGUUCAAAACUUUAUGUUAAGACCACAGUUUAGUUUGUUGUGUGUAUGUUGUGAUAUGACUCAGCAAAUGGUUUCCAGACUUUUGGAUCAUUUGGAGGAUUGGCUUAGCCUACUACUAUUCUUGCUCAUACUGUAGUUUCUCUUUUAUAUUGCUGAACCUUUCCGCUACUGCCAUACGAGCUCUGAAGCUAAGAAAAGGCAAGUUGGCAAAUUUAUCAGGGAUAAAGUAUUGCUCGUGCUUAUGUUAGCUAAUAUGAUUUUGUUGAAUACAUUGAUAUGGAAGCUUAUCUUUUUCACCAAAGUUUACUCACAUAGAAAACAAUUCCAAGGAAGUCCAUGAGAUUUGCUUCCAUGGAGCUGUAAUUUAAAUUUGAUACGCCGGGUUAUAAUAGUGCACUGAAUGAGUCUUCUGCAAACAGUGCUUCUAGUUCCUUAAGCUUAUUCCUCUUGAUGUGCACUGCUGCUUAAUAAGGUGAUAGAAGUUGAGCUAGGAUUUUCUAAAAGCCUAUAGCUUGGUAGAAUGCCUCCAAGGGUCAGGCAUCAGGCUUAAUACAAUGUUAUUCAGGUAGCAUUUUCAUAUAACUCUCCUGGUUUGAGUCCUAGGCUGCCUGGGGUCUCAGCUCACCAUAUUAGUUCCAAAAAUAUUCUUUGUUUAGAUCAGAGGGGGGGAAAAUCUCUUGUGAGAAUGUGAUUUGUUAUAAUGUAAAAGAAACCAUCCAGUGGCUAUAUUACAAACAUCCUGAUAGAUAGCAGUAAGAAAACAAGGCUUUUGUUCUGAAUCGUAGAUUUGUAUGACUUUCUCAUUCAGUGCUUUUAAUCAGAUGCCCUCUUUUUGCACUUGCUCUCCAUUGCAAUUAGUGCAGUACUCUAUAAAUUUUGUAUGCCUCUGAGUCAGAUUACACAAUUUCCAUUUUCUAUUUUUUUCUGGAAGUCUCCCCACCUCAACAAGUAAUCUCCUUAGAGUGCCCAACACUAUCCAGGGGUUUCUGUCCACUUAUUUUAAAGUUGUCAGUGUGUAAUAUUGAAGGGGUCACCUUAGUCAAUCUUUUAAAUGCCUUUGGUAAAAUCUGCCAAAUUUAGAUAGCCCAGGUAAUGCUCAGUCAAAGAUAAGUUGCCUGUGUUCUUUGUAGCACUUGGUGCAUCCCACUUAGAUAUUAUCAGUGAAGGAUCUGAGGAACUGAGGAUAAGAAUGCCUGCCUAUCUCAGUUUUUGUGUGUGUGUGUGUGUGUGUGUGUGCGUGCGCAUCUCCUGUUGGAGCUGUCCUUGGCUAAACUCUUUUAAACUUCUAUCGUGUGCCUUUUAAUUCUGAGUGUAUGUUGACAAUAUUUUGAUAAUUCUGCCAAAGUAGAUGUUUUUGUGGAGAACUAAGAUUCUGGAGCAGAGUCAGAGGAGGAGGCUACACAGCAAUUCAGUUAAAUGAAGUCAGUUUUCUAUGAGACCCCACCGCACCCUUUCUUGUAGAAGCUAUUUUCUUUUCCCAAGGAAGAAAAUUCCAUUAAAACAUUGGCAAAUAUUGCUUACGGACUUGAAGAAUUUGGUGGUUUCAGAAAUGGGAGUUCCUCCCACAAAGCCCUGUUGUCCCCAGUCCAAUUUCUCACGUCCUUGUUAUGUUGCAUAUGUAUGCGUACAUAAUGCAUGCACCUGUGUUACUUUGCUCUUUGCAGGACUGCUGCUUCUAUUAGCCUACAUGCAAUAUUGUCUUGUUUCAACAAGUCGCUUCUGGUUCCGUUUAUUUUCUGUACUAAUUUUUUCUCCGACUGUGAUCUAUAAUGUGCAGCCAUUUCCUCUCACAGUCAUCCUUCCCCCCCCCCCCCGAUCUGUAUUACAGAUCUUUAAUUCUGGUUUUCAGUCAGCUGGGUUUAAAACGAGCUUCUUUCUCAUCUCCGUCUUGCUUGGAAAACCGAAAUGUUGCUCUCCUUCAGAAGCUCAAAUGCUGUUAUGCCUUUUGGUUAACCAGCUAUUUCGGUUUCAAAGUCUAAAGUUCUAAAUAGCUUAUCUGAAUGAGCAAGUUGGCAUAUUCUUCUUUAGUUGUAUAUUGAACAUGCAACUGAACUCCAAAAUGACAACUAACCUUGUAUAAGCAGAUGGUGCAUGUGAGUUCUCUAGUUAAGGACUCAAUUUUAUCAAUAAUGGGUAGACAACUGAAUUUGAUGACGAUCACUGCUCGUUUUUAUUCUUACAUGUUUUUCUUAGGCUUGUUGCUGUGCCUCUUCUGUGCGUGCUUUAUAUAUGUAACAAACUGCUUUUAAAAGUUCUGUUGUUACUAUUCUACGUUUUAAAAACUUUCUAUAACAGGUGUGUUACUGCAUUAAUCAGGUAAAUAUUUUUUUUUUUGGAGUAACUUAGUUACUCGGUUUACACUGAGCAAAAGUGCUCAGUUUAGUCUUGUGAUUUAACAUUAAUAACUGCAGUACCAAAAACUAAAGGGGAACAGAGUUACUUUAUAUUACAGUGCUUCUGCUACUCCAAUAAACAUUCACUCUAUUCUGCUCCAAGCUCAGCGAAAUGCCUUUGCAAGAGACUCGCAAGAAUCGGUUCAGUGUUUCUUGCAAUGUGUGUCAACCACUGUAUGUUCCAUUUUUUAAAAAAGCCAAAUAGUUCUUGUAUGACAUUUUCUAAUUGCUUUAACUGGAGCUGCUUCUUUGCUUUUAUACUAAGAGAACAAAAGUUGGGGAUGUUAUUACCCUGGGAAAGCUUAGCUUCUUUGUUUGAGUGGGACAGACUUUCCAGGCAGAAUAUUAAAUAAGGCUGACAGCAGUGUCUGUCCACUGAUCUCACUGUGGGUUCACUGCUGCACUGGGGUUUAUUUGUUUGACCCUGGCUGUGUAGCUUGCUUGGUUCUGUUGUGUGAUGUCUAUCUCCCCAUUUUCUUGCCACUUACUCUAGUUUAGACUUGAGAUUACUAUUCUGUUUGUUUUGUUUUUUUAAUUUAUUUCCCAGCUUAAAAGAACUUUUAGACAACAUUAUGCUGGACAGUUUUUGUAUAACUUUCAAUUCUCUGUUCUAGUAUCAAUAAAUAUUUUUUUAACUUAACUGACUGUGGCUUGUGCUGCCUCAUUUGGAUAGCCUUUUCACUAUUAACUUGUUUCCCUAAAUCUUAAGAUAUUAAUUCAUUUAUAACACAUAUUUUACUGACAAUGCAAUCUUAUACAUGUUUAAUAAAAUCACACUGUAUUGUAUGGGUUUUAUUUCGGUAUAUAAUUUCAGUUUAAAAACUAUUUAACUUUGCCAGUAUAAAAAUACCUGCUGAUACAGGCUUCAGAAGCAGUAGAUGAGAAAAAGAAACAUUAGAGGCUUCAUUCAGCAGAUCUGAAGAUCCUGAGCAAUUAUUAAAGCAUAUAGCCACUGAUGCAAUAACAUAUAGCUCUCUUAGAGGAUUUUUCAGAGUACUCCUUCACACAAUCCCUCUCCCACAAAAAUAUACAGUAAUAGGUUUGGGAUGCAUUCUAUGCAUUUUCCUUUAACCUUUCUUUGUGGUAGUGUGUGAAAUUUCAGCACUGAACUGAUAAUUUUUCACAAAUCUUGCAGAAAGUUAUAUGGCCUUUUCUGAAGCACAUGAGGAACUACUAAAUAUCCACAGCGAGGAAAAAGUUUCAAGCAAUAAUUUUGCCCCUGGUUAUGUAGAUUAUGGGUCUUUUUUUGUCAUAAUUUGCAGACACAUUAAUCUUAAAGGUAGACAAAAUUGAAUUAGAAUACUUCGCUAUCAGAAAUUUUUAAUGAGCUCUAAAAUGCAUUUUUAAUGUCACAAGAUAUUUACACUGUCCUUUGUUCUUAUCAAUGUGGUGGUGUAUUUGUAGCCCGUCCUUGGGAUUAGCAACUGUUUAAUUACACCAUAAAAAAGAAACAUAAUCUUCUGAGGAGGAAUGCAGUGUAAAAGUUCAGGGGAAUGAAAUAUGAAACCCACCUUGUUUCAUUUAGAGACUUUAUCUUACAGGCCUUUUGAAUAGUUCACCAUACUUUGGUCAAGCUAAUGAAGACCUGAUCUAAUUGACCUUAUUUUACUUAAACAAAGCUAGAGAUUGGUAAUGAAGUUAAAUUUAUAACUGCAUCUUGCUAUCUAGACAAGAACAGUUCCUUACAGUGCAUUUUCCUGGGUUAACAUGUGCAAAUUAUUUAGAAUAAUAUAUUUUGUUUGUCUCGUCUUGCCAAAAGGAUAUUCCUAUUCUAACACCCUUGUCUGUUUCAUUUCUCAUGGGUAAUUUUAGCUGGAAAAUUGAUAACAGCAACUGGAUUCUGUUAAGGCUGAUUAUAUGUAGGCAGCAAAAUAAAGAACACUGAAUAAACCAGGAUGGCAAUGAAAUCACUACUCAUGUCGACUUUAACUUAAAAUAUGUUAUGAUGAAGCUUUGAAUCCAGGAUUCUUCAAAUGCUGGUAGAUUAAUGGACUUCAAAUGUUCCUGGGUGAAAUUCAAAUCCGGAACUGAUAAAUGCAGCUGGAACAGCUUUGUUCUGCUUUUCACUUUUCCUCCAAAUUCCGGGACCUUGCUUCGUCAGCAGUUUCCCGAGUCUUGCCAUGCUAAAACCGGCAUAAGAAGGAUUUCCCUUCGGUCGCGUGUGUCAGUCCAGUCCAAACCUGACUUCCUGGAUGUAGGGCUCCGUCAUCAAGUCGCCCCUAGUGGCCAGCUUAGGGUGAUACACCCCGAUAAGGAUUUUCUGAACUCUCCCACGGCAGUCAGCCGCCUGAGGCUCCGAUAGCCACAGCGUGUCCAGCAGCCACGCAGUUUUUCCCAGGGGGCUACCCCUGGGUGGGCAUCGGGAUAGGAUGCAAGGGGUGGAUGCAGCUCAGUCUUUCCUCCGCCUCUUCUUCCUUUUCCCGUUUCCAUCAGGAAGAAUCGCAUCACGCAAGGUGCUGGCACCGUUCUGAAUGCUUUAGAAUCUCGAAGAUUUGCUGCGAAGCCGCGGGGCACAAUGACGCGUCGCUCACGUGGAAGGUCUUGCAAACCUGGCUCCGGCGGUUCCUUCAAGGAACUGGAGUCUGCACCUCCGGGCUUUACGGGAGGUGUGAUCUCAGCCAGCGGCUGCAAGUCGUUGGCGUCGGUUGCACCAACCUUAGCAGAGGGACCGGGGGAUUCUGGGAGUUGCAUUCCGGUACCUCUGGCGGGCGGCCGCGUUGGAAGAAGCGUGGCUUUGUUUGUAUCGUUCUCCUGAUCCGUAACAAAACUUGGGGCUCGUGUUUCCCGUUCCUUCGCUAUUAUUAGAACUGCAAUCAUUUUGGAAGCGAUAUCUGGACCGAUUAGGAAAACCUGUUCGUCCACUUCUUUUACAGCUGGGGGUCGCUGUUUUGUGGCAGAUGUUGGUCGCAAUCCAGCAGUCUUUAAAAAAAAAAAGGCUGAAGCUGCUCUAAGUCCUCUCUAGGGAGAACCCCAAACAGCCCUCCCGGGGCCAAACAGGCGGCGGCAGAGAGGAGAGGAUGACCUUGGAAACCAAAGAAGGCCUUGGAGCGAGGAAAAAUGCUCUCUGAGUUCGUGGAAGAAAUGCCCAAGGACUUCCUCACUUCACAAAAGUUAUUUGAAAAGUUCAUUCAUUCAGAUUAAUCCGGAGCGGGGUAGCGUCAAGCAUUACGAUCUUUAAGAAGAUAAUGGGCACCCAUCUUCGUUGGUCCUCUGAUGUAAACUGUUAGCCCGUGGUCCGCUCAUAUUUGAACGACACCCCCACAAACCAAACUACAUAUAGCCAGAGCUAAGAAUAGUUGCAUACGAAUAAGUGCCUGCGAUCGUCUGAGGUUGGAAUCUUUAAUUCUGAAAAAUAUUAAUGGCGGGUGGCAAGUGCUUUCCCUGGGACUCAACACUCAGCAAAGCUAGCCCUGGUUGCCAGACCCAGCUCUAUGUUUUCUAAGGAACAAGGGCGCUUUUCUGUUCUUGAUUGGUCGAUUCACUUUCUCCAAAUUAACCAACUGAAGUUUGACCCUGCCCGAUGGAACUUUCGACAUGGAGUUUGGGGUGGCCCGACAUGGAGUUUGGGGUGGGGAUGACGCACCUUUGACUUCAUUAUAGAGCCUCUGUUUUCGGGGAGUUGCAUCGCUUUCGCCUUCCCUGGCCAGGUAGGAUCACGUUUGCCUUGCGGACUCUCUGGAGAACAUGCCCAGUGUCCAUUUCCCCGGAGCCUCCAGGCUGGGCUCUCUUUUCCCGUUCUUUUUUCUGAGAAGCUGUCCAGAGGUCCUCUCUUCUAGGACCUUCACU